AUGCCAUUACUAGAGGAAAUAAGUGAUGCAGAGGACAUAGACAACUUGGAGAUGGAUUUAGCCGAGUUUGAUCCUACUUUAAGGACUCCGAUAGCUGAGCAGAGACCAGCUCCUCAGGUUGUCAGAUCACAAGAUGCCGAAAGUGGACAGACUCCUUUGGUUCCUAACCAGGAUCAAAUAAGUCAGUAUAUUGAACAAUUCAAAGAAGGUGGCACCAUAAACAAGGAUCAAGUGAUUAGACCCGACGAAAUGAUGGAAAAAGAAAUGGCAGAGUUGAAAAGCUUCCAAAUUUUGUACCCAUGUUACUUUGAUAAAAAUAGAAGUGUUAAAGAAGGAAGAAGAUGCCAAAAGGAGUAUGGUGUGGAGAACCCCCUGGCAAAGACAAUAUUAGAUGCUUGCAGGUACUUGGAUAUACCUUGCAUCCUGGAGCCUGAAAAGACUCAUCCUCAAGAUUUUGGUAAUCCAGGAAGAGUGAGAGUGGCUAUCAAGGAGAGUGGGAAGUAUCUCGAUGAACAAUAUAAGACCAAAAGGAAACUAAUACAGUUGGUAGGACAAUUUCUGGUUGAACAUCCAACAACGUUACAGAAAGUUCAAGAAUUGCCCGGUCCACCUGAGUUGCAACAGGGCGGGUACAUUCCAGAACGUGUACCCCGAGUGAAAGGGUUAAAGAUGAACGAAAUUGUUCCUUUGCAUUCGCCAUUCACUAUUAAGCAUCCAAGUACUAAAUCUGUUUAUGAAAGGGAACCUGAGCCCGCACCACCCGCCGCCGUGCCCAAAGCUCCGAAACAGAAGAAAAUAAUGGUGAGAAGAUAA